GACCAGGCGGAGCACAGCCAAGCAAGAGAGCCUUGGCUUCGCCUCCCGCCUCCUCCUUCUCCUCUCCCCGGCAGGUCCCGUGCGGGCGGGAGAGUCGGGAAAGAGCAAGCUGUACAGCGCCGGAGCAAUGGCCGCGUUUCCCGGAGGCAGCGGCAGCAGCGGAGUCUCGUGGCCGCGCUCGCCGCCCGCCUCAGCUCUGGGCUGGGAGCCAAUGCUGGGGCUCCAGAUCCGUUCGCGCUCCGUGGAGCAGACGCUGGUACCGCUCGUGGCGCAGAUAACAACUCUGAUUAACCAUAAGGAUAAACCAAAGAGGUCGGAUAAGACUUUGAGGGCAGUCCAGCAGGUGGGCCAAGCAGUUAACCUAGCUGUUGGAAAAUUUGUCAUGGUGGGUGAAGCUAUAGCCAAUGAAAACCAAGAACUGAAAGAGGAAAUGAAGGUUGCCUGCACUGAAGCAAAGCAAGCAGGUGAGACCAUUGCACAGCUUACAGACGUUGCAACCUUGGAUCGUCCAGAAUCUGAUGGCCAGAUAACAAUUUUUACAGACAAAACAGGAGUGGUAAAGGCUGCAAGGCUCUUGCUUUCUUCAGUUACUAAAGUGUUGGUUCUGGCUGACAUAAUAGUUAUUAAACAAAUUAUAACUUCUAGAAAUAAGGUCCUUAUGACAAUGGAACAGCUAGAGAAAGUGAGUAGUUUUCAGGAGUUUGUGCAAAUAUUCAGUCAAUUUGGAAAUGAAAUGGUGGAAUUUGCCCAUUUAACUGGAGAUCGACAAAAUGAUCUGAAAGAUGAAAAGAAGAAAGCUAAAAUGGCAGCUGCUAGGUCUAUUCUCGAGAAAUGUACUAUGAUGCUUCUUACUGCUUCCAAGACCUGUUUAAGGCAUCCUGACUGUGAAUCUGCCCGUGUGAACAAAGGAGCAGUGUUCCACAGAAUGAGGCUAGCUUUGGAGCAGGUUAUAGAGAUUGUAGCAGACACUCGGCCCAGUGGAGAAAAUGAACCGGGCCCAAUGAGCAUCUAUACUGGCAUCAAGGAAUUCAAGAAUAAGGUGGAAGGUCUGCGAGAAAACCUUUACCUUCUGUCAAAGGAGAACCUUAGAGCAUUGCUGCAUCUUGUUCUUGAACUCACAGAAGAUUUUACUGAUUCUGCUUAUACAAGCCAUGAAACCCGGGGACACAUCUUGGAGCUCUCCAAGCAAGCAAAGAUGGAAUUGGAGCAGUUGGUGUCAGCCUGGAUCAGUGCUCAAAAUCAGAAGAAAAGAGAAGUCACAGAGGACUUGGAAUUAUUCAUACUAAAAAUGUGCCAGUGCAUGAACGAGCUUCAAAGAGAGCUCCACGGUGCAGCAAUAUCUGUUGCAGCAGACCUGAUAAAGUAUCAUUCAGAUCACCUUGUUUUGAAAGCGCUGAAAGCCUGCGGAGCAGAAGGAAACAUAGAAGCUAUUGCAGAGCAUAGCUAUAAGCUCUCCGAACAGAAAGACCAAUUGAUUGAAAUAUGCCAUCUAUUGAGACAUGUCUCUGGAACAGAGCCACUUGAAAUUUCUUGUCUCCAUGCAGAAGAUACUUUUCAUGUGACUGGGCCUCAGAUAAUUUCUGCUGCUGAAACCCUGACAUUGCAUCCUUCCAGUAAAAUUGCAAAAGAAAAUCUUGAUGUGUUCUGUGAGGCUUGGGAAUCUCAGCUGAAUGACAUGUCCCUGCUCUUAAGAGAAAUCAAUGAUGUGUUUGAAGGAAGACGAGGAGAGAAGCGUGCAUACUUGUCACUACCCAGGCCAGCGAAGCAUAAUGCAAAUUUAAAAGCCUUAAAGCCAGUCAGACUUGAUAAUGAGGAGCAAACAAAACUUGGAAAAUUAGGCUUAGAACUUCAUAAGCUAACAGCGCGCGUUGACUCUGAAAUGGAGAAAUGGGAAGACUCAGAAAAUGAGAUUGUAAGAUACGGACAAGCUCUAUCCAGUAUGGCUUAUUCCAUGUAUUUAUUUACAAGAGGGGAAGGACUGCUGAAAAUUAGCCAAGACUUAUUCCAUCAGGCAGAGGCCUUUGCUACAGAAGGAUUAAAGCUUACUUCAGCUCUCCACAUAUUUUCCAGUCAGAUGGAAGAUGAUGACAAGCCACUGCUUCUGCAGGAGAUUGAGAGGAUGGUCCCUGCAUGUCAGCAGCUUCAGGUGACAGCUAAAGCCCCUGUGCAGGGCAAAACUGCAACUUAUUCAAAGGUGGAUACCUGUAUUCAGAAAGCAAAGCAUAUUCUGGAUAUACUUUCACAAGUUCUGCCACUUAGCUUCAAGUUACUAAGAAAGCACAACGCAGGAAAUGGGUAUCUAAUGGCCCAUUGCUCUUGGAAUGGCCAACAUGCAACAUCAAGAGAAAACAGUGCUCUGGCUGGGAGGACUGACACUUUUGGAAUCAGAUCCUUGGAACAACACGUAGCAAGCCUCACUGUUUUGGAGAACAAAUGAUGUGAAGAUGGAAACAUUUCUAUGUUGGAUUUGUAUUUUAAGUCUCUCCUGAUUGCUUUCUUUUGAGAAAGGUAAAACUGGGUUAGAAAAAGCUGAUGUAAUCUUUUCACAUCUAAUAGAUGUCAUGGUACUUAGCAAUUAGCAAAAGGAAGUCAGCUUUAAUGGCUGCAUAUUUUUGUAUGGUGAAUAACUUCUGGUUCACUAUUAAUACUGCUAUUUUUGUAAUCAAGUACGUUAUGAAUGUCUUAUUUUUCAAACCCCAAAGAUGCUGCUUUGGAUAUUCAUGCAGAUGAUCUGGAUAAUCUCAGAUAUGCUACAUGGAAAACUACUGGUGGUGGUGGUUGCUGCUGCUGCUGUUUGUUUGUUUAACAGCCCUUGCUAAUGUGAGCCUUUGACCCUUGCCAAUAAUAUUUGCUGUGGAGAUCUACUCUGAAAAAAGGCCUAACUGGCUGAGUAGCCGCUCAGUC